UGUUGCUUAUAUAACUGUACCGAUCAGAGCUUGAAUCCAGUGCUAUUAUAGCCAUAACACCGGUUAUUAUCACAAUGGAGUUGAUAACUGAAGCAUUCAGCGGGGUUUUAACAAUGAGAUAGCCAAACAAAGCAGAGAAGGCAAGCGACGAAGAUGCCAAAAGAGAAGAAGUCGAUGCAGGGAGGUACGCAUAGUCAUAACUCAUAAGCAUAUAAGAUUAUCUGCAGCACUCAAGAAACCGAGCACGGCAUAAGAGAGAACAUACUCGCCAGUCAACUAUAGUUAGCCUAGGGAGUUUCAUUGAUGGGGUUACCAAUCUAUGGGUUAUUUCAUCAAUGUUGCCGUUAUGAUAGUUAUGAUCUUUGGAGCUAAUAAUUAUUUGUUUUCUUCUCCAAUAGUGAACAAAGAAGAGUUUUGAAUCAAUUCAUCUUCUCUGUUCCCAAACCCUUAAAAAAGCUCUAAUUUUUCGAAAUUGCAGCAGUUUCUGUCUUCUUCAGCAGCAAACAUGGCAGAAUCCGAAACGAAGAAGAAGACAUCAACAUCAUCGAUAAUGCCAGAAUGGUCUCUUCUCCCUGAAGAGCUACUGCACAUUAUCAUCGAUAAACUUGACAACUGUUUCAAUGUUGUUCAUGCUCGGUCUGUUUGCCGCUCAUGGCGAUCCACAUUUCCAUUUCCUUCUUGCCUAUUACGCCCAAGUUACUCUCUUCCCAUGUUCACUCAUUUCCGUCGCAAAAGCAAAGACUUGUUCACCCUCGAGAAGAUCCCUUUGUUUCUCUUUAGAGCCUCAACUCCUGAUGCUGAUGUUGCUGAGUAUUUUAUGGGAGGAAUAGGCCGAGAUAAAUCAAAUGAUCAUAUGGAGCUUCCAUCUCCCCUUCAAUGUUCAGUGAAAGUGAAACUCCCAGGAUCUGAUCCAACCUUGAUGAACAUGCUCGACUACAAUAUCCUCCAUCUGGGCUAUCAGUACAGAAUGAUUGGUUGCAAUCCUGAUGAUUACAAAGGUGUGGCUUUUCUUCCGCUAAACAAAGAAGGAGGAGAGUUCGUUGUGCUUCUCAACUACUCUAGUUUUCUGUUGGUGUUAACAAGUGCUGAAAUGGGGUGGAAGCGGCUUGAGAACGUCCUAUUUUUUGCGUGCUUGCAUUUAAUCACUUUUAGAGGCAGAUUUUAUGCAACUUUUCAUUCCGGAGAAACUGUUGUUAUCGAUCCUUAUUCACUGGAGGUGACUUUCCUGUUGCCCUCACCUCGGACGCCAGUACACUAUCUGGUUCCAUUUGGUAAUGAUGAACUUUUCCUGGUCGAAGUAAUCUUCCCAACUGUUGGUAAAUUAACAUGUAGAGUCAGUAGGCUAGAUGAGGAGGCUGGUCAAUGGGUUGAGGUCAGCGAUUUGGGUGACCGUGUAUUGUUUGUCGGUGGGCACUUGGGAAAUAUCUCUUGCUCGGCUCAGGAGCUUCCUCAUGGUUUGGGUGGGAACUCGAUUUUGUUCACCAAUGGGUCAGGCAAUGUAACAUUCCCCUAUAAAUAUGGAGUAUAUACAGGAAAUGCAGAAGACAAUCUCGAUUGUUGGAGAUCCUCAAUGGAGGACCGUGUGGUGAUCCUCAACAAAUCUUUUCCGGUCCUUGCUUUCAAGGUUGAAUGCUAGGACGUAGAUUCUCGCUUUAGACUGUAAUUAUGUUUUUAUUAGAUCAAAGACUAUAUUUUCCUUUGAUUUUAAGUCUAGAUUUUGUGUAUAUAAAAAACUCGAACUAUACAUGAUCUGUAGUUGAUGUGCAAUGGCCUUACUGUAUCUACCCUUGGGAGAUUUGUUGAGGAUUCUUACUUUGUUGGUAAUCAGCUAUGUUCCUAUCAAACUUGUUGCAGGCAUAGCAGCAAUAUCCCUCAUACAGCUUCUAUUCUAGUUUUUAUUCUGUUCAGAGCUUUUUGAUCGUUGUAUGAUUGCUUUUGUUGAGUGACUAUGGCUACCUGCGUUGCGUAGUCCAUGGGUGUAAAUCAGUAGGCAUCUUCAUGUUUAAACUGGUCCGAAAGUAGAAAACAGUAACACUUCGUCUUUAGUUUGUGUCCUUGGACUAGUGAAGAUCUUGAGUCUUGACGAAGUUGGUAUGUUUGAGUUCUGUAUCAAAUCUGAGCUUUUUCUGUGAUUUAGGGAAGCUUUAAAGAAAGAAAGUGACAAUUCUGUCACAUUAAGCUAAACAGGGAAUCUUUCAAGGAAUAAGAAGAAUCAAGAAAGAGAAGUAGAAUCUUCAGCUUAUCAUGCUGAGGAGUGGAGCAGAGCUUAAUGGAACUGUUCGUUGUGACUACCCUAAUUGCGUUGUGCAGUAUACAAAUCUUGAUACAUGGAUGGAACUGGCGCUUGAUGGCGAUGAUAUGGACUAAAUGUUAUGUAUAUAACAAAGAGGAAAAGUGGAAAACUACAUUGCUUUUGACCGGGUAGCUCCCGAAGACUUCCUCAAUAAAGCAAUGCCUGAUUCAAUGCAUGAUUGCUCUAGCUCAUUGAUAUUUGCCUUGGAAGGAGUCUUUGAUGUUCUGGACGUUUAGGUAAGUGUUACCAUCUUUUUAACAUAUUAUACCGAUGUCAUCUUGAAUGAUAAUAUAGCAUUAUAGCUUCUAAAAAUGGAAGUAGAACAGAGAGGGUAGAGACUUGAUUUUUGCAAAGUGAUGAAAAGAAGUGAACUA